CCUUUGUAAAUAAAUAUUUUUCAUUACUUUUUUUUUGUAAUUUGCGUUAUUCAAAAUACAAAAAUUCCAAAAUCAUUUUCGAAAAAAGCUUUUUUUUAAACGAAAUCAAUUGAAACGAUCACAAAAGUAAUCAAAAGUAAAUAAUAACCGAGAAACUAUUUACACUUACGUAACAAGUGUCAUUUGAGUGAAUAUUUUUUUUUUAAAUUUGUUUUUGUUUCGUUUUUGCUAUUCGUAGUUUUUUUUUCUAUUCAUUUGCUUUGUGAUCGUGUUUUUUGAGAGGCAUAGACAUUAGACUAUACCACCCUACAUACUUAAACAACUUAAAAGGGGCGGAAGAGACAAAGAAAUAGAAGAAAAAGAAGAAGAAGAAAAAAAAAUGUGAGUUGAUAUCAAAACUCAACCAGAAAAAGCUGAAAGACAACUUUGAAAAAAAAGUUAAAAAAAAAAAAAUGAAAUUUUUUUCUUCCUUUUUGUGAUCAUAUUCUUCUCAUUCUUGAGGUUAACUCUGGCAAUAUACGAAUUAUCACUCGAUUUUGGAGACUUUUUUUAUUUGAGUAGUUUUUUGUGAAAAAAAAAAACUUGAAUCAACUUCGAUCAAUUUGAUGAUGACGAUCGUGUGAGUUGAAAUAUUGCACUCGAGACGCCAAGUUGUUGCCGCUCGUUAAACGCUCUACCAUGAUGAUCAUGAUCAUCAGUAUCAUCACCGUCGGAGAGGAAUUUGAUAGUUGAUUUAUUUUUUGCCGUUAGAAGAAUUUUCUACCUCUCUCUCUCUCUUUGUCCCUCAACAUUUUUGAGUGUCCGAAAGAGUAGUUUUUUGUUGUUGUUGUUCUUAUUUUGUUUGCUAAUUCUGAUAAUGCAAUGUUAUUAUUAAUUUUUAGCUCCUCUCUCUCUCUUUCUCUCGUUGAUAAGCCGGUCCGGAAUUUUUUUUGAUCUUGUCGACCUUAGUUUUGUUUAAUUAAAUGUACUUUUGUUAUUAAAGAAAGAUUAAUAUUAUAAAGCCCCUUUUAUACCCUCCCACGUAUAUAUUGUGAUCUUCAAUAAAAAAAAAACUCAACUCAAGUUAAAUUCUAAAGAAAAGAGUGUAAAGUUCAGCUGAGCAAUUAAAACUUAAAUUGCCGAAAGUGCGCGUUUUUUUUGUAUUGCUACAUUUUUAUAUAUAAACAAAAAAAUGUAUAUAUAAAAUACUUAUUUACAGAACCAAAAAGGAAAAAAAUUACUCAAAAUGAAAUGAAGAAAUAAGAAAAAAAUCAAAAAAAUAUCAGCAAAGUGAUCGUCACUCGUCUCAUCGGUGUUGGUGAAUUUAAAAUUUCAACAAAAUAAAAAUAAAAAAAAAAAAACUUAAGAACCCCCCACAUAUACAACCACACAUACACAUUUAUGUGUUAUUCUAUAGUGAGUGAUACAAAAUUUAACAAAGUGUGAGUGAAUUUUUUGAUACAGAAUUUAUACUUAUUGCGAAAUAUUAGUCUCUUUUGAGAUUGAAGAUAAAAAAAAAACGCGGAAACAGAGUAAAAAUAAAAAAAUACAGACCCCACACACACACUUUUUCAAAUAGUAUAAAGUUUUGUGAUCAGUUUUUUUUUCUUCUUUUAUUUUGCUAAAAUAUUAAUGUGUGUGUGUGUUUUUUUUUGUUCCUUAUCUACUAUCUUACUUAGUUUUAUACUCUUGGCAAGAUUGUAAACAUCCAGUGAUCGUGUGUGAUUAUUAUUAUGCAUUAUCAGUGAAUAAGAGAGAGAUAGAUUUAUUAUAAUACAAAUUUCAACACACUGGUGCUAAGAAGGAAUCUAUCACACAGGAGUCUCGUCUUUGAAAACAGAGAGGAAAGUAUAGAGAAAGAAAUCAAAAACGUAUAGAGCGUCCCCCUCAAGAAAAUAUAAAAGAAUCAACUUCUUGUCAACAACAAAAAAAGUGAUAGGUUACGGCUGAUAAAGUUUAUUUCUUUGGCAAGAUCUUAUAAAUAAAGUCCAUACACAAUUGCUUAGUUUAGUAUAAAAAAAAACUAAAAGAAACAAACAAAAUGGACUCAUUUGGUAAUCAAUGGUCAACGCCUCCGCGACCGACAGAUGAUAGUUUACAAAUGGAUUUAGUUGCUGAAUUACACGAUGGUGGUUUUGAGCCACAAACUAGAGCUAGAUCAAAUACUUGGCCAUGUCCAAGGCCAGAAAAUUUUGUUGAGCCAAUUGAUGAUUUGGAUAGCACAAAGGCGAGCAAUCAACAGUUGUCUGGUGAUUCACAACAAGCUGUAUCCCAAAAUGUUGGCUCAUCAAAAAAGAAUUCAUCAAGACGUAAUGCUUGGGGUAAUUUAUCUUAUGCAGAUCUUAUAACACAUGCAAUAGGAUCGGCAACAGAUAAAAGAUUGACACUAAGUCAGAUAUAUGAAUGGAUGGUUCAAAAUGUGCCAUAUUUUAAAGAUAAAGGAGAUUCCAACAGUAGUGCUGGAUGGAAGAACUCAAUCCGACAUAAUUUGUCACUGCACAAUCGUUUUAUGAGAGUUCAAAACGAGGGUACUGGCAAAUCAUCAUGGUGGAUGCUGAAUCCCGAUGCAAAGCCAGGAAAAUCAGUACGUCGGAGAGCGGCAUCAAUGGAAACAUCAAAGUAUGAAAAACGAAGGGGACGUGCCAAAAAGCGCGUCGAAGCACUUCGGAAUGCUGGUGCUACUGGUUUAAAUGAUGCUACCCCAUCGCCCAGUAGUAGUGUUAGCGAAGGACUUGAUCAUUUUCCAGAGAGUCCUCUUCAUAGCGGCGGAGGAUUUCAAUUAUCCCCUGACUUUCGUCAACGGGCAUCUUCAAAUGCAAGUUCAUGUGGCCGGUUAAGUCCGAUACCGGCGAUGGUGGGCUUGGAACCAGAUUGGGGAUUUCCCGCGGACUACACAAACACGAACAUAACGCCAGCGCAAGCAAAUGCUCUUGACCAAUUGGCGGGAUCUCUGGCCGAUGAUUUGACGCUACAAAAGGACUUCUUACAGGGGUUUAGUGCAGCUUCGGCCAUACCCAAUCAACCACCACCUCCGUACCAACCACCACAGCAAAAUAAUUAUUCAAUUAAUCCGGCAGUCGCUCAAUCCUAUGGAAUGCAACAGAAUCAAUGUCCACUCCAUCACUCACUGACCUGCACUUGUUUGCACAAUUCAAGAGAAGGACUGUCACCAUCGUCCGGAACUGGUAUGUCGCCUGCGUAUCCUAAUAGUGAGCCCUCUUCAGAUUCCUUGAAUACAUAUAAUUCUGUAGUGCUGGAUCCGAGUGUGGGGUCAACAGAUAGCUCGGGCUUACUGAGUGCACAGCAACAACAACAGUUGCAACGUCAGCAGCAGCGGCAGCAGCAGCAUCAACAACAACAACAACAACAGCAACUUAGCACAAACCUAGAAGAUAAUUGUGCAUCAACCCUGAUAGGACAAUGCAUGGAAGCAUUAAAUAAUCAAACACAAAUUGACGAAUUUACUAUUGAUAAUUUUCACGGUGGCAUCGAGUGCAAUAUUGAAGAGUUAAUUCAACAAGAAAUGAGUAUCGAUGGCCUUCUUGAUAUCAAUAUUCCAUUGGCUACACUCAACACACAACAAAGUACAACGACUCAACUGCAACAAAACCAUCAUCAGCCAACGAACAACAAUAAUGCGGGUUCAUCAUCCAUCGAUUUACCUCAGAGUCAAUCAUCAAACACUCACACGAGGGUACAAUAUUCACAGGCCAGUGUGACACCACCAUCAUGGGUUCAUUAAACAUAAAAAAAAAAUAAAAAAAAAAAAA